ACUGUGGAACUCAAAUCGCUCCUACUAUAAAUUCAAAGCUCCCGGUUAGUCUCUCCCCAUUUUACACACCACCACUAAAACCAGUAAGAGACAAAACUCUGCAUAUCUAAAGACAGAGAGGUAUGAGGCCUGCAAGCAACUCCACGGCGGCGGCUACCGGAGCCGUAUUCCGGCACUGGAACUCUCCGAUCCCGUACCUGUUCGGUGGAAUAGCGGCGAUGCUAGGACUUAUUGUUAUUGCAUUAGUUAUUCUAGCUUGUUCAUUCAGGGAAUCUUCAAGCAGUUCCAACGAUGAAGCUGAAGAAAAGCCAGCCAAGCAACCAGUGACCGCCAUGCAACUUGAAAUGGAGCCCAAAAUUGUGGUGAUCAUGGCGGGUGAUGAAAACCCUACGUACAUCGCCAACCCGACUCGCCAUCAUGACCUACAAGUCUGAGAGGCUUUUGAUUCAUUUUAGAACCUAAAAAUUUUAUACUAUAUAUUCCUUCUUAUCAAUUUUUAUGUUUAAUUUUUUUUUUUUUUUUUUGCCAUUUCAAGUCCUAAUGGAUGUAGUUUUGCGGAAAUAUGUAAAUGUUGAAGAGUAUAUGAAAGAUGUUAAGCUCA